GUUGUGUUCAAAUUGAAACAAAUUCAGGAGAAAAUAGAUCACGAUUAGCGGGAAAAGUAACAAUAGAGUUCUAGGUGGCGAUAUCGUAGUAGUUGCAAAAUGUCACGCUUUAUAAAAGGACGAGUAUUUUCUGUAUUUAAGGUGGGAAAGCAGUUCACCAGAUCUUACAUUACAAAUACGACGUUUGAGAGUGAAAAAUAUGUCGAAAGUACUGAAGAAGAUGGAGUAAGAACAAUAAUUCUAGAUCAUGGAGCUUCUAGAAAUUCUUUAUCUUUGGAAAUGAUGAAAAUUUUACUCUGGAAUAUUCAAAGAGAUAAAGGCAAUGAAUCAUUAAGGUCAAUAGUGAUUGCAGCAGCUCCUGGAAAAGUAUUUUCUGCUGGUCAUAAUCUCAAAGAGCUAACUACAGAAAAAGGUAGUAAACAUCAUUCAGCAGUUUUUGAAGCUGCUUCAGAUUUAAUGAGAGCAAUAGCAAAUUCUCCUGUACCUGUAAUAGCUGCAGUCGAUGGUUUAGCAGCAGCAGCUGGAUGUCAAUUAGUUAGCACUUGUGAUAUUGUCGUUUGUACUGAAAGAAGCAGUUUUUCUACUCCUGGGGCUAACUUUGGGAUAUUUUGUUCGACUCCAGGAAUCCCAUUAGUUCGUAACAUACACAAAAAAGUAGCAUCACAUAUGUUAUUUACAGGUCUUCCUUUAUCUGCUCAAGAAGCUUACAGGUCAGGUCUUGUCAGCAAAAUUGUACCCAAUGACAAGCUCACGGAAGAAGUAAAAAAGAUAACCGAUGCAAUAAGUUCAAAAAGCCGUGCAAUUGUUGAGUUAGGCAAGAAGUUUCUUUAUGAGCAAGUAGAACUUGAUAAUUCGACAGCGUAUGUUUUGGGAACUGAAAUAAUGGUGAAAACUCUAGAACUCAACGAUGCACAGGAGGGAAUCAAAAGCUUUAUCCAAAAGCGUAAACCUGUUUGGAGUCAUAAAUUCGGUACAGACGAUUAGUACAUCUAUUUUUAUACCAGAAGUUGUUAAUUUUUUUGGCUGUAGUUCCGAUUAGGGGACACCUUUAAAAAUAAAUUGUUAAGUGUUGUAUUAUUACAUUUAUUAAAGGCAUUAAAAAAUUGCACAUA